AUGUACGCACAACUUGUCACUGUUUCAGCAGCUCUAUUCCUUGUCACAUAUUUCAUUCUUUACCCCAUAUUCCAAUACAUCCGCGAUGCCAAGGGUCUUCGUCGCUACCCCAACUUCCACCCCUUGGCGGGAAUAACCAAUCUACCCUUUGUACGAGAAGCCGCUAGAGGUUUCCGCUCAAAAACUCUCUAUGAGAUGCACAAGACCCAUCCUGUGAUUCGCACCGGCCCCAACUCUCUCUCCUACGGUUCCGUGCAGGCAAUCAAGGAUAUCUACGGGCACGGCACGAAAUGCACAAAGGGAGAGUUCUAUGAAACUCUUGCUGGAACGCAUUACCACCUUGCCGAUGUCAUAGACAAGGCAGAUCAUGCUCGGAAGCGCCGUGCACUUUCUGCUGCAUAUGCCCUGAAGAAUCUCGAGAACUGGGAGUUUAAAGUCGCCGAUAAGGCAGAGAGGUUCAUCCGUGCUGCAGAUACUGCUUGCACUCUACCUCUCAAAGAGGGUUUCAUCCGUCCUGAUCCCGAAGACCUUAAGUUUGACUACCGCGCCUUUACAAACUUCUUCACGCUUGAUGCCAUCGCCGACAUUGGCCUCAGCGAGCGUCUUGGAUUUCUGGAUCAGGGCCAUGAUCUUGUCAAAGCUGAACGCAUGGAUGGAUCUAUCCAUAAAGUCAACUUCCGAGAGUGUCUUCACUCAACAGCUCGCGCCCAAUCCAUUCUCGCUUGGACAGAGAAGUGGUACGAUGCUAAUAUCGAGCUAUCAAAGUUGUUAUCCAAAGAUUUCAGUAAGUGGUGGAAUCUGAACGAGGGUUGGAACGAUAUCGUCUAUCACCGCGCAACUCAGCGCCUCGAACGGUACAAUAAGGGCGAGAGACUACCCGACUUCUUUCAGGCCCUGAUGGACCACAGUGAGGCCAACCCUCCUGGCCUCGAAUGGGGAGAAAUCGUCGCUGAAGUGUCGAUAAUGAUGAAUGCUGGAUCCGACACUACCGCUAUUGCCAUGAACAAUGUCAUGUACUGGCUCCUCAAGAAUCCAUCUUGUAUGGCCAAGCUUCGCCAGGAAGUCGACUCUGUUCUGGAUCCAGAGGAAGCCGUCGCUCCAUACGACAAAGUCAAGCAUCUCCCCUAUCUUCGCGCCUGUUUGGAUGAGUCCCUACGCAUCACACCACCCACCACUUUUGGUCUUCCUCGCCGCACGCCACCUGAAGGCUGGAAUAUACUGGGUGAUUAUAUCCCAGGCGACACAACUGUGUCCAUCUCGGCAUAUGUUGCGCAUCGAGACCCAAACAUCUUCCCUGACCCUGAGGCCUACGUUCCUGAACGCUGGCUUGGGGAAAAAGGCAAGGACUUGCAGCCGUACUUCAUCUCUUUCAGCACUGGAGCACGGGGUUGCAUCGGUAGGAACAUUAGUUAUCUAGAACAGACUGUACUUUUAGCUAGUGUAGUGCAUAGGUAUGAGUGGGCGCUGCCUUUUACUGAGUGGGAGCCAUCUAGGACUGAAGCUAUGAAUCUUGCACCAGGGCCUAUGCCCCUCAAGGUUUGGCGUCGGGACUUGGGAGGGGAUGGGAAUGAUGAAAAGCAUAGCUAG